GACCCUUCACACAACAUGUAAAAGAAAUUCUCAGUGUACGCAACCCAAACAAUCUGCCUGUUGCGUUCAAAGUAAAGACUACUGCACCGAAGCAGUAUUGUGUUAGACCAAAUUCGGGACGGAUCGAUCCUGGAGAAAGUGUCGAUGUUCAAGUCAUUCUCCAGCCAAUGAAGGAAGAUCCGCCGCCAGAUUUUAAAUGCAGAGACAAAUUUCUUGUACAAAGUGUACCAAUUACCCCAGAACUUGAGACUGGUAGUCUUCAAGAAUUGUGGGCUGCAGUCGAACAAAAUUCUAGAACUUCGAUCAAAGAAAACAAAAUUCGAUGCGUAUAUCUCCAAUCCAGCAACUUAGAAGUACGUCCAAUUUCGACUACGUCUGGAUUUACACCGUCUGCACAACAACUACAUAACGGAGGAGAGGAACGAGGGCAUGUCGAUACAGGUUCUAUCGCACAAGCACAACAGCAAGUAUACCAGCAGUACCAACCUGCCACAGUCACAAAUUCCACUCCGAAUCUUCCUGCCCACAUAUCUCACAAUUCUACCCACGAUCGCAAUGUUGCAACUCCGGUGGGCGGUUACUCCAACGCAUCAGCCAAUGUAAGUCCGUAUACUGUGGAGCAGUCAAUCCCGAAUAAUGUGAUAACUUCAGUUGGUAAUGGCGACGACAACGACGUUACGAGAUUGAAAAGACACUUGGCUGAAGUACAAGCAGAGAAUACCAAGUUGAAAACAAAGUUGGAGACUUGCAAGGCGGACUUGGAGCGAAUGCAGUUGAGACAGCGGAAGAUGGAAAUGGAACAUGACAAAGAAAAAGCGGAAAGAAAUGCGUCUAAAGUAAACGAUGGUAACCAAUCGGCUUAUAACGUUAAGAUGGCAGAAAAGGUUCCAGUUGGAUAUUAUCCGUUCGAAGUCCUCGUUGGUGCGGCUGUGAUGGCUUUCAUUUUGGGUGCUUACUUAUUUUAG